UUUUUUCAAAAUGACGCCCUGUUAGAUUAUAAAAAAAAGAAAUGAUUUAUUUAUUUUUUUAAAUAAAAAAUAAAUAGGUUUAUCUUUAAGCGUUUAAAAAAAGUGAUAUUUCUGUGAUCACAAUAGUUUCUCCUGAAAUUAUGGACAGUCAGAAAGCAACACUAGGAUCUGAAGCGAUGAUUUCGUGGAUCACAACUUACUCCUGUCAUACUAAUGUGAUUGAUGAAUAGCUGUCCUUUAAAGGUAUAAGAAACACUGCUAGCAUACUCGAAUAAACUCGGAUUCAGCAUAUCGUGAUGCCAUCGAGAUGGGAGACGUUCAUCCAAAGGCGUUCGAGCAAGGUGUCGUACACGGAUCAGCAGAAGACGUUCGCCGGCGAUUCCGAACUUGCCGGACCCUCGAAAGCCUGGAGAUCGAACUACGGUACGUCGAAUUUGCCUGGGGCAUUCAGAGUCGUUCACAGUUGUAAUUUGUUUAGAAACAUCAAGCGCUUCGGGUGAUACAUUUAUACAAACAACGACGAACACGUCUUCGGAAGAGACGACUUCCUCAUCGAAUACUUUCUCCUGCGAGGUAAAUAAUUUGUAGCGAAACACUUAAAAAGGCAAGAGUGUUGAACCGGCACUGGGCCCGUGUUACGGCUUUGCGGCCAUCUUCAGUGAGUUCCGCAAGUGUAUGCACACCUUGCCUGUUCAAAGUGUACUCACAAGACCACCCACCAUCAACUUUAACCAAACUUACAAGAGAAAUUGGCAAUUUCAUCAAAACUUAAGCAAUGAAAACAAUAAAUAUUCAUUAUGUUUUGAACAUAAAUGACACUGAGACCUACACGUUGAAGAAAAAACUGCUCACAGACCAAAUAUGACAGAUGGUAUCAAAAUUUUGAUUGGGCUAAAGUACAUUUUAAUUUUUUAUUUUUUAAAAUUAAAUUCGUUUUUAUUUAAUUAGAUCAAAUAUAACGGGAAGACUUAUUUUGUGUAGGCCUAGGUUACAAUUCCAGUUCCUCAUUGAGGAUUGUGCAAAAUCUAAAUAGCAUAACAUAAUAGUGAGUGUAGAUGGACCCAGAGCCGGUUCAACAUGUUUUCAGCGACUCUCCGACUAAAACCCACCAUAGAUUUAACCUAAUAGGGAUUGGCUGUUCUGUCAAAACUUGACUUUAAGAAAUGCACACAAUUAAUAUUCUGUUUUGGGCAUAAAUGGCACUGAGAACUACAGGAGAAAAACUUCUUACAGACCAAAAUAUGACUCCCCCCCUUUAGGACUUUCUUUUCCCAUCAUUUCAAUCUAUAUUCAUCCACUCUGAGCCAUAGGUGAUGACUGGUCUUAAUGCCACCUUGUAAAUUCUUUAUUUGGCUGCCUAGCACAGGUUGGAGCGCCUACAGACAUUCAUUUCUCGCUGCCAUUUUUCUUCUAAUAACCUCACUAAUCCUGCUUGAAGAAGUUAUAACUGCACCUAAGUUUUUAAAAUUUUUAACUGCUUCAAAGUCCACCUGAAGAUUCCAGAAUAUCCUCCUAUUAGUGAGUACAAGAUCAUUACUCAUUCUAACUAAACGACAACAUUCUAACUUUCCUCAUUUUACACUUAAUUCGAAGAAGAGACUUAAUUUACCAAUAAUACCUAGAAAACUUAUCAAAGUGAAUCCAUUAAAGUAGCAUAUACAGUACUCAAUGAAAAGUUCAUUUUAUCAGACUGUCAGUAUGAUAUUGCAUUCCUUCUGGCUAGCAGCUUUUGAAAUAAAAAGGUAAAAGCGGCUUUCGGGAACCCGUUCUGUAUCAACUCAACGGAUGAGGUAGGUUGGCCUAAGACUGAGUGGAUUCAGGUUCAAAGUUUCAUGUGAUAUUUAUUUCGCAAGGUCUUGGACUUGGAGCCGGCGGAAAAUGAAGUGAUACGCAACGGAGAAGUGAAACUCGGGAACAGAUUGAUAAGAAGCGCUUGCAUUAUGAAGACCGCUUGCUUUGCCACUGUAGGCAUUGGGACAGGCAUCGCAGCGGUUUUCAUUCUCAUCUUUCAAGAAGUGAUGGCGGAAUUCAAGUAUCAUGCUUUGCUAAAUGUUUUAGAUAAUCACCAAAUAACAUCACCUUUGGUGAUUCUUUUCUGGUUCAGUGGUGUCAUUAUUCCUUUGCUGAUCGGUUGCCUCAUAGUUAUUUACAUCGAGCCAAAAGCAGCAGGUGAAGGUAUAGCGAACGUUAUCGGAUAUUUAAAUGGAGUGAACACUUCGACUGGUAAUACGAUGAAAAUCAUGAUUGUAAAGUUUUUCAGCGUUUUUGGCACAAUGGCAUCAGGGAUUGCAGGGGGGAUGGAAGGUCCAUUAAUUCAUAUCGGUGCUUGCAUAGCUAGCUGUAUAUCAAAUCUUCGAUUGCCUUUCCAUUGGUGUAUAAGACCUGAACCAAAUUUCAAUCAGCCUUUCAGACGUUUACAAACUGAUUUACACCGAAGAGAUUUAGUCGGAGGUGGCAUGGCAGCAGGGAUUUCUGGAGGAUUUUUUGCUCCCUUUGGAGGUUUGAUUAUGGUUUUAGAAGAAGGGUUGAUUUAUUGUACCAGUGAUGUUAUGGUUGGUAUCCUCAUUUGCUCUAUUGUAUGUCAAGUAUUUGUUGUGACUGUCAUGUCAAUAAUUUUUGGCUGUGAAGGUUGCCAAAAUCAAAGAGCUUUAUUAUUUUUUUCGACACCGACCAAGUCGAAUGGUUACAAAUACAGGGACAUCGGGCUCAUAAUCUUGGAAGCGGUGAUUGCUGGCCUUCUCGGUGCAGCAUGGAAUUAUUGCCAACUAAGAUUGAUUUUAUUAAGAAACAUAUAUGUUAAAACAAAUGGUCGUAGAAUUUCUGAAGCGUUAGUGCUCGCUUUGAUCACUGCUGGUAUUGGGUGGUUGCAACUUGCAGGUUUGCAGCAAAAUUGUGUUGAUGAACCAUCUGAUGUCAAAGGAUUUAAUUUUGCCUCGUUGAAAUUAAAAUGCAAAAGUGGACAGAUAAACGGUGUUGGCACACUUAUUGGAUUGUCUCAGCCAAGUGCGAUAAAGUUUCUUUUCUACGAUUCUGACUCCUUUGACAUGACUACACUUUUAAUAUAUUCUAUUACAUACUUCUUCCUUUCAACGGCGACGAUGGGUACGUACAUAUCUGCUGGAAUAUUCGUACCGAACAUUUUGCUUGGAGCUGCUUGGGGGAGAUUCUAUGGAGAGUUCUGGAAAGCUGUCGCUUUCCCAUAUGAAGAUUUCAGACCUCAUAUAUUUGCGAUUGUUGGAGCCGGUGCGCAGCUCUGUGGUGUGAUCAGAGUGCCUUUAACCAUAGCGAUUAUUAUGAUUGAAACUUGUUCAGCAUAUUAUCUAACUCUUCCGAUUUUUAUUGCAAUGAUGAUUUCAACAGUGGUCGGCAACACGAUUAAUGAAUCUAUAUACCAUAUCCAGUGCUUGGUGGCAGGCAUGCCAAUAAUUGAAAAAGACCCUUCACCGUUAUGCAUGAGAAUUUCAGUUCAAGAUGUGAUGGAAAAAAGUGUUGUCAGCCUGCAAAAAGAGGAAUCGAUACAAAAUGUCUUGUUCAACUUGAUGUCAACGACACACAACAUUUUUCCUAUUUUAAAAGGAAAGAUACUUGUAGGUUCGGUCCGAAGGUGCCAACUAAUCCAAAUACUGCGGUAUAAUCUUUUCAACAAAGACUUUGUUCAAAGCUAUGAGAUUAUGAAAGGCAAUGAUAACCCUCCAUGGACCAUUAAUGAUAUUGACUUAAACCUAUAUGACCUAGAUCAAAUCAUCGACUUAGGUUUAUACAUGAACAACUCACCUUAUUCUUUAAAAAUGGACAGCUCAAUUGUGAACGCUCAUAAGUUAAUGUCCCACAUGGGCGCAAGGCAUGUAAUCAUCGUCAAUGAACUUAAUGAGGUUGUUGGCAUUUUGACGAGAAAAGAUAUUGUAUAUUUACGGAAGAAGGUCUCGACUUGUGCCGUCCGGCUUAUUUAUUUGCCUAGAAAAUGAUUAAUAAAUACUUUU